AUGACAGUGCCGUUCAAAAUACCAAUAUCCGAUUUGGAUUAUUGUCUAGAACAAUUAUUAGAUCAUAAACCGCCAAAGAUUCUUCCUCCAGAAACUAUUCAACAGUUAUGUCAUACAUUGAAAACCCAAUUGUUACAAGUUCCCAAUAUAAUAUCUCUACAAUCCCCAAUAUCGGUAGUUGGUGAUAUUCAUGGACAAUAUCACGAUUUAUUAGAAAUAUUUCAAAUUGGUGGGUCUCCACCUCAAACUAAUUAUUUAUUUUUGGGUGAUUACGUUGAUCGUGGUUAUUAUUCAGUGGAAACUAUAUCGCUAUUAUUAGUGUUAAAAUUGAGAUAUCCAGAACGAGUGUUUUUGAUACGAGGUAAUCAUGAAUCAAGAACAAUUACUACUAAUUAUGGAUUUUAUACAGAAGUGUUAAAUAAAUAUCAAGGGUCAGCUGAUGUAUGGACGUUUAUUACUGAUUUGUUUGAUUAUUUGCCAUUGGGGGCCACUAUAGAUGGCAAGAUAUUUGCAUGUCAUGGUGGGUUGUCUCCAAGUUGUCAACAAUUGGAUCAAAUACGAGCGGUGGAUAGAUUUAGAGAAAUCCCUCACGAUGGGAUUAUGGCAGAUUUAGUAUGGAGUGAUCCCGAUGUUGCCAUACUGGAUUUUAAAUUGAGUCCUCGAGGUGCAGGUUAUUUAUUUGGUAAUGAUGUUAUUGAUAAAUUUUGUCACGAUAAUAGUUUGGUACAAAUGAUUAGAGCUCAUCAAUUGUGUAAUGAAGGUUAUACAAGUUAUUGGAAGGGGAAAUGUCUAACAGUUUGGAGUGCGCCAAAUUACUGUUAUCGGUGUGGUAAUAAAGCAAGUGUUUUGGAAAUCUUGCAUUCAAACUAUGAUAGUAAAGAUCCUACAGAUGUUCCUGAUGGUGAACAAGACAAGGCUGUCAAUAGUAUUAAUGGUGAAUUCAUAGGGCUGAUUGACUACGAUAAUGGUUAUAACGACUACAGAAAUCGAUUUAAUAAUAGUUCCUGGCUACACAAGCAACAAGGGGUGCUACCGGGACAAUUUUUCAAUGUUUUUGAAGCAUCUAAAGAAAAUGAUGAAGAUACUUUACAAGGCAAAAGUGUUAAUGGUAUUAAUUUUGAAGACGAAUUGUCAACGUCUGAUGAUGAUAGUAAUAGCAAUAGUAGCAAUAAUAAUAAUAAGAGUGAUUUUUUUGCUUCUUUUUUCCAAGAUCGUCCUAAACGUCAACAAGUUGAAUAUUUCUUGUAA